GGGCAGGGCAGGGGGCGCAACGGGGCGGCCGGGCCUUGAGACUUGUAGGUUGGGGGGACCAGGCCCGAGGCGGCCUUCGCGGCUCUUGUGGCCUGGCUAUGGCAGUGUCGCUACCCCUAAGGUCACCCCGGGCGGGGGACGUUAAUCGUCCCGACGCGUGGCGGAGCUGUCCCCCACCUUUGGCCCCCGCCACUGAGCACCGACCCAGCGGGUUUCUUGCUUUUCCUCCUUGGUGCUUUUCUUUCUGGAGCUUUGGGUGCCAAGUUUCAGCUCGGGCUGAACUUUUUAUAAACUGCUGAACAACGAGGUUUGAUGGAGGUGCUGACACAGCAUUAACUGUAGCGUUGAAAAUGUGAGGCUGUAAUUUUUCUGCUUGAGUGUGUGCAGCUAAAAAACACUUUUUUUUUCUUUUACAGUGUGUGAGGAUCUAAAGGUAUAUUUAGGUUUCCAGGUUCUGUGUAAGCAAUGUAAUUCUAAUAAAUCUUGACUUGCAAGAGAGAAUUUGGUUUCAAAAUAGGGCAGUAGUUUAGCAAACAAUAAUAUUUACCUAGUAUGUGUUUAUCUAACACUGCUUCUGCAAGUGAGACAAAUUACUUCCGUGGCUUCCUUGUUUGGUGGCUUCCUGUUGUGCCCUAUUGAAAAAACGAGGGUGUUUGUUGCUGCUGUGAUUUUGGUGUUUUUUUAACAUGCCAGCAGUUCUAGUAAGUAUGAGGACUUUUGAAUUCAGGAGGAGACCUUUAAACUGGCUUAUCAGUUUUCCAGAAAACGCCACACAUGUCCAAAAACUCGUAAAUACUUAUUUGCUUUUACUUUAAUUUGGUGGGAACCGUAUAGUACAACUUUGGCCAAAUAAAUUUGCUUUCUGAAGUAAGCUGCUCAGCUAAGGUGGUUGUUACCCAUUUUUUUCUCUGGAACGUAGAUUUUUCAGUAGCGUUCAAAGGCGCUUCAGCCCAUCUUUGCUUGUGAAUCUCACCCCUACUCUAGGUGAACCUUUCUGAAGCACGAGAAGGGGGUGAAGGUUCAAUCUUCAUCACCUACUCGGUUCUUGACCUUUUUCCCAUGCUUACUAGCAAGGUGCCAAUUAGUGAUUUAUUUUCUUUUAUGGUGGUGUUUAUUGUGGUUGUGGAUAUUGUCCAGUGAAUUCACUGAACAAAGUGCUUUGUUUACUCUGCUGCUUCUACAUGUAAGUUAUUACAUCUGUUAAAUACAAACCAUUACACUGAUGUAUUUUAAAAGGUAGAAAGUAAAAUGCUUAAAAUUUAGGAAAUGCCAGGAUUAGGAUUAUUCAGGACCACACAUUGAGGCAGAUGGAAAGAAAUGUUGAAUAUGUUCACUAAAUGGGUCAAGGAUUCAGUAGGAAAAAAUAUGCAGUCAUCUAAUUAAAGAUUAAUGUAAUGUAUGUUCCCACAGGGCUAAAUUGAGACACCUUGGUUCCUUAAUUCUAGUGUUGUCCAAGCAUUUUCAUUUUCAGUUAAGCUAAUUCCACUUUCUCUGUCUUGCUGAUAGCAGACACAGCCUUGGGAACAUGGGAAAAACUGUCUCCCUGCUGCAGUCAGCUUGAACUCAGGCUUCUGUGAUGACGGGCAGCCACUGAAAUUUCUUAUUGCAGGAAAAUUCUUAUUCAGCUCUUAGAGGCAGGAGCGUACUCGGUGCAAAACUGUCAAAUACCAGCAAAUAUCUUCUGAGCAUGUGUGAAUCAAGAUUUGUCAAGUAUGGCCAAAUGUGGGUAUACUUAAUGUAAAUAAAUGUGCUCUGUAAAAGCACAUCUUUGACACAAGUAUGGCUGCGCUGCCAAAUUUUAGUUCCUUCCUCUCAAACACAGAGGGAAUUGCAUAUCUUAAUUACUUAAUCACAUAGAGCUUUUUAUUAAUGGAUAAAAAUGAUUUUUAAAAAUCAAACCUCAUUCUGCAAAUAGUUUAACCACAGUCUCUUUUUUUCCCUCUAGCCGCUCCAGUAAUCUUAUAACAUACAGGAUUUAAACUUGAAUAUUUAAAGGUCAGGAACUGAAAGCAGCCUGUAAAAGGGAGUGUUGAGCAACUUUAAGUGUCAACAGACACACUGCACAAAAUUAUUUUUUACUCUUCAGUAUUGUGUAUGUUAUACCAUAUGAAUCUGCAGUUAUUUUUGAAAUGACAGGAACUUCUAUCAAUUAAAUAAAUUUAUCUCCUGGUAAUUCAUGCGUAAAGACUUUUAAAAUCUUUUACUUGUAUCAAUUUGGAGAAUAUUCUUUUCCUUUAUUGGAGCCAAAAGGAAUUUACUAGAACUGGCUUUAAAUUGUACCAGAUAGGCUGAGCAAUGAAAUUUCACAUUUUAAUGUGUUUAUGACUUAAAGUAUUUUAUUAGCCUGAUCUGUAAAAAGGAGCCAUUUUACCAGUGGUGUUAACAUUUUAUGGAUGGGUAUGCUAACUAAAAUAUGAUUUAAAUGGUAUUUACUAACCAAAUAAUUGCUUUUACUAAAUACACUGUGAAAACUGGCAAACAGACAGCUUAAAAACACGUACAGGGCAAAUAUGGAUUUUACAGAGCUUCACAUUAUAGUUGAUAUACAUCUUCUUUGUUUCUAAUGUGCUAUGCAGAAGAACAUGAAGCUGCAAGUUGUUUUUGCCUUCAGAGGUUUAUCAAGAUAUUUUGAUUGGGUUCACUGCAGAAUUAAAUUGCAAAAUAAAAAUUAAGAUUCUUAGUUUUAAAAUUUGCAUGUUUAAAGUAGUUAAAUGGAAAUAUUUGUUGAGCGCAGGCUGAAUUCUGGGCAAAUAUAGCCCUUGACAACUGAAAUAAUUGUUAUCCAUUAUAUAUUUUUAUUAGCAAGUAUAAGUAAAGAUAGCAACUGGAAGCUACAUUCUGCUCUGACUUUGAAUCUGAUGGUUUCUUUCAUUUUUAUUGGAAUUUAAGGCCUGAACAUUGAACUGAAAUGAAACACUGUAAAACCCUUAAAACUGUUCUGGAUACGAUGACUCCACUUCUGAUUACUAUUCAUUCUGCUUCCCCUUCAGAGAGGAAUUAACAUUUAAUUGAGUUUUGAUACUCUGUAACCUGCCCAGAUUAUACAGCAAAAGAUCAGGCUCUUAAAACCAGAAUUCAAUAGUAAUAUGGGUGUGUGUCAAUCAGCAGAUAAUGAAAGUGGACUUGACGAUUUCUGAACAGUGGUGCCCUGCACAGUCACUACAUUAGGGCUACAAAAUUGCUGAUGAGCAACCUUUCCCAGGAAUGGAAAACAAGCUCCCCCAUUGUUGAAAGCAAAGAGUGCUAGAGGUAAUAUCGCUCUGCAUGUUCAUAAAUCAGUGAUAAAUCUCAUUAUUUCUGAGGCAUUACUUAAAAAUCAGGUAAUUAAAGAACUCUUGCUGUUUGAUGCUCAAGUGUUUGAAGUUCAAGUUUUCAACUGUUUCUUUUCAGCCACUACAGUUAAAUUUGAAAUUGUACUGUAAAGAAAUGAGCUGGUUAUGGCCUGAAGAUGAAAUAAGCACACACACACACACACACCCCCCAACAAACAAAAAUAUCCACAAAACCAAAUGAACAAACAAAAACACCCACACACUAAAUACCACAAGAAUAAGUGAUGGUGCAAAUUGACAGACACUUAGAUUGCCUGAAAAAGAGGGGAGGGGGGAAAUGAAGAUGUCUGCUUGAUGUCUUUUCUGAUCAAAGAGAUCUAGAAACUGAUGCUGCACAAAUAAAAAAUGCAUCUGAUUUGUUAAAAUGUCUUCUCGAGAACAGCUGCCCUUUUGUGUCUAGGUAAUGAAGCAGGAAAAACAAGAUACAUUUAAAAAGGAAACAACAUUUUAUUAGCUAUAUCUGCUUCUUUUCUUUUUCAAUGUGAAUUGAAGAUAGAGAUUUUUUUUUUUAAAAUACAUAUGCUAUUCCAAUACUACUGUGACAAAUAAGGUAAGUAGGCCAUGUGUAUUGGCUUUUAACAGUUGGGAAAAAAAUCAUAUUUACAGGAGAACACAAUGGAGGCUUCAGAACAAAAUAAGGAAAUUACGACACUCCUGUGUUUUGUGAAAAGGAUUUAGGAAAUCUGCUAGCUGCUUACAUGGAGCUUUUGGAGUUCGGUGGUUCUUGAUAGGACUCUUCACUUGAGGGAUAUACAAGCUUCCCACAUAGAUGUUUAUUUUUAACAUUGAGAGAGACUUUGGUGCUUUUCAACUCUGGACAUGGCCAAGAGUUCUAAAACAGGGUGGGGGGUGACAGUGUCAUUUGUGAUAAUGAUUAUCACUGGAUGUUUUCCUGUGAGAGUGGUCUGGCCUGCCCUUAGCUGGAGUUUGUUUCAGGUUAUUUAAGGAGUAUUCAGUUACCAAUGCCACAUAUUCAGCUUCAUUUUUCUUUUUCAUUCAUGUUUGAAUCAGCAUUGUUGAUUCUGUGGGCUGUCUACUCCCUGCAUGUUGAUCGGCUUUGUUCACAGUAUGUAGUGCUUGCAUUAUACUCUCAAUGGCAGCUUUCCUUAGACUGUUUCCACACUUUCCCAGUAGUUAUUUUUAUAGUUUUCUCUACCCUGUUCUUUAAGCUGGGAACCUCAUUUGAGGUAGCCUUAGGGUCACUAAUCUAUCCUCUUUCAGAUCCCUUCUCAGGUCUCACAUCUACAAUAACAUUUGAAAGAAUUAAACUAAGUAGAGGAACAGUUGUAUAUUGAGGGAGAAAAUAUUUUUAAAGUAAUCGUAUACAUUUUACUACUUUUACUUCUCAUUUUUAUGUUGUGAUUUUAGGUGGUGAGCUGUAGAAGCAAGGUCUGUUUCUUCUCUAUCCUUUCAGUGCCUGGAACAUUAAGGAUACUGUUACAGUAUUGAUAAAUAUAAGGGAAAUAUUGCAAAAAUAAUAUAUUUUUAAAGUCAGAAAAGAACAUUGUCAUUUAAACACCUUAAACUAUGUACUAAUGCCUCACAUUCACUGUCCUUAAUGACUUCGGUUGCUGUUCUCAAUGUUCAGCUUUUCUGAGAAAUGAUCUUUGAGGACUUCAAAAUUCAUCAGUUUAGAAACAAAUGACAUGCUAUUAGUGACUCUGGGAAUUCUGGAUAAUUAUUGCCUGUUAAAGUUUGUGUAGCUAUUUCUGGUAUUUAUCUCCAAUCCCUAGGUAUUACACCUUUUUUACAAAAGGAAUGAUGUUUCUUCAUUUUGCAGUUAGAGAGGUGUGGGCUAUCUCUAACACUGUUUAAACUUUUACGCAAAAGACCUUGUAUUGAGCUGCAUAUACUUCUGUAGAAGUAAGUUAGGGUGGGUUACAAUUUUCAUUAUCAGUUAUAUUCCAUGCUUAUUCCAUGUAUCUUAUUUUUAAUAUAUUAGCCAAUGAUGUGCCACACUGAUAUCAAGGGCAUACCUUUUGCUGAGAAUGUUUGUAUCUGGAUAAAACCUAAGGGUUUUUUUUAAAAAAUUCACUUUUCACAAGCAGGCUUUAACUUUAUGUUUUGCUUUGGUGCUUUGUUACAGGCUGCUAUGAAGGUGGGCAUCACAGUGGAAGUCAGAAAAAUUUGUUCUCCAUUGCUUAUAGUGACUUUCCAAGGAAUGCAUAAGUGUCACAAGGGAGAGUCUCAUUGCUCAGACAUAACUCUGAAAGCGCCUGGGAACUAUUAGAAGGGCUAGAGAAGAAGGAUUUGGAGAAAGCAUCUAAGGAUGGUGAAAUCUGCAAGUGGGAUCAGAUAAUGAAACUAGGGACUAGCUGGAUAAGGAGGCUGAGUAUGAGAGCUAGGGGAGCCAGUAAUGAAUGCAGGAAGCAUCAGGAGAACUGGUGGAACUCGGGUGAGGAACAGAGAAUGGAAAUAGAAGAAGUGAGCUAGGGACAUUUGUGACCAAGGGAUGAAAAGACUGAGAAGAGACAGGACUAUAAGGAAGAUGGGUUUCACAGAACAUGUUGUUGCAGGUUGAUGUUAAUCAGUGCCAAGGAGGUGUGAUUUGUGGAUACCAAGAUACCAGCAUGUUUUAAGGAGGAACUAAAAAAGGCAUAAGGUGCAGUUUUGAGAACUCUCUGCUGGAGAUUUCUUUGCAUAUCUGAAGAACUGCGGGAAGCACUGGAACAGGCUGCCCAGGGAAGUGGUGGAAUCACUAUUCUUGGAGGUGUUUAAAAGACACAUAGAUGAGGGUCUUAGGGACAUGGUUUAGUACUAGAUUUCGGUUAUGGUUGGACUCCAUGAUCGGAACUGUUUCUUCCAACCAAAAUGAUUCUAUGAUUCUAAUUUGUGAGAGCAGGCUCUGUAUUGCUGCUGGACCAUGCUUCCUCUAGCAUCUAGAAUAGAACCUAACAUUCUUGGAUCUUGUUCUCUUGUGCUGUCAACAUCUGUGCGUGAGACUUACUGAGCCUUGCUCCCCUCUUUUGAUGCUCCUCACUGAAGAGGACAGCGUAGUGAUACCAGUUGCUCCUUUAGCUCAUGUUGCAGAAUGGUCAUUCUAAAGGCUCCAGCUCUGCUGACGAGCUCUGGAAACACCAGGUUACUGCCACAUGAGGGCAUUUCAUCAUCAGUUCAGAAAGCCCGGAAAAUUAUGCAUUUGCACACAAGUAUGGACAUCUAAGUGUUAAAAAAAAUUCUAAGUGUUUAAAGAAUGGUAACAUUUUUGUGUCCUACUGUUAGCAGCUAUGAAAUGGCUAGUUUAACUUGAACUCAUAUUAACUGUAACUCCUGUGCACGUUUUGAUGAUAAUGUUGUAAUAAUUAGCUCUUUCACAGUGUUGUGUGCUGGUGGCUAUCUUGGCGCCUUUAAACAGGAAGAGGUUUCAUCCUCCAUCCUCCCUGGCAACUAGAAAGGGAAAAAGAAAUUCAGUGUACUAUUUUCUGUAUUUGCAGUCCCCACACAGGCCAUUGCUGCCACCUCUUUUGCACUGAGCAGUGCCUGCUGUCCGAGGUAAGCUGGACAUUCUCCUCGCCUAAAUUCCAUUAUGUCUGUGUGCUCUUAGACCAUCAGUGAUAUUCUUGCACUCUCCUGCAUUUUGUAAUUUUAAAAACUUAAGGCUUAUUUUGUGCUGCUAUAAAACAUCAAGGAAGUUUAUGAUGUGUGGAACUGUAGUGGCCCUUUUGGAUUAGGUGUCUGCUCUGUAGCUACUGCUAGUUACAGGAAACCAUGCUUAGUGACCCAGGUGAUCUUUCCAUCUUUUUUGUUUCUCUGAAGAUUCCAUGGUUAAAAAAAAUGAGGCAUGUAUAUAUAAUCACAUAUUCAUGUGAUGUUGUGCUUUGUUACCUUAAGACUAUGACAAACAAUUUCCCUCCAUGCAAGCAUUUACUAGUGUGAAACUUAUGUCAAGUGUUGCUUUCUCCCAUCCUGAGUUAUCAGUUGCUCAAAUUACAAACAUUUAAGGUAGGCUUUUUUUCAUGCUAAGAGAAGUAACAAAUGAAGAAGGGUACAGCAAAACUGGAAAAAUAAUCUUCUCCUUUUACCAUUUACAUCUAACUUUUUUUUUUUUUUUUUUGAAUGGUUCUUUUCCUCACUUUGCCAUCAACUCGGGUUUUAUUCCUCUUUUCCACAAGGACUUUGUACAUAAUUUACAUGUAUGAAAACGUUUCUGUCAAAAUCAUCAAGUUACCACCCUCUCUUAAAUUUGUCUUUAAAUUCUUUCCCUGGUAUAAUGCCCACUGGACUGGUAUGUGACUGGUCAGCCUCAUCCUGAUAAGCAUGACAGUGCCUGGGGACUACCUUGACCUUACUGAAACUCUUUCCAUAUUUACCUUUAUGCAGCUUUAUUGAUAUUCUUGAAGUUUACACAUACAGAUGUGCAACAAAAAAAAAAAGGUGAUUCCUGAAGAGUAUAUAGCAAAACCAUUUGAAGUGCUUUACGGUUCAGGCACCACUGAUGCCAAUAAAGAAUACUCUGGAGUGAGAUGUUCUGGAAAUAGCCACUCACUUCAUUAAAGGGAUUAAAGCAGAAGGUUAAAGCAGUAGGUUAAAGCAGAAGAGAAGGAAGAGUAACCGGUAAAAGUUGCUUAAAUGAUGUAAUUUUGAAGCUUUUUUGGAUGUAUAUCACUAAAUAAUGUGUUACGAUCUUCUCUUUUUCUGUAUUUCUAUAAUGGUGAAAUCAGAUUUUUUUUUUUGUAAAAAUGUGUAUUUUAUUGCAAAUGUUUGAAAAUUGCUAGUGUUUUUCUUUUGUCAAUAUUGUAGUGAAAUAUAACUUGCCAUUGGUAAAUAAUUUUUCUUGGUUCAGAAUACUUAGUGAAACAGUGUAUGCACAGAAUCACGGUAUACAAAAAUAUGCUCUCAUAAAACAUCAUACAAAGAAUUCUACAGUUUUCAGAAAAUAGCAUCUGGGCGUUAUCUAAUUCCCAGGAUGAGUGAGCUGAAAUUUGUUUAUUUUUUUCUACAGCAAAUAACGACAAUAAUACAUAUAUUAAAUGACAGUAAUACAGAUAUUCAAAAUUCACUUCUUGUUUGCUUACUGAGCUGUCAAAUCUGCAAGUGACAUUUAAAACUUAUUUUAUUUUUUUGUGGUGCUAAUGCAGUGUUUUCCAGCGAGGCGGUUUAUAGAGGUUGUUAGUAGGCAUUUGUGUUUUCCAUAGCAUAAUGCUGCCACCUGAUGGCAGAAGGAAUUGGCACAAAGUAGUAUGUGCUUUUUGGGGUUGUAUACAGUUUAUUUCAAUGUGAUUAACAGUGUGAUGUCGAAAGUACUUUAAAGGGAUUAACCAUCUCUAGAGGUUUACUCCUUGAAACCACAGACGAGCGCUUUUGUUUGCUUGUGUUUUAAUACCUUAAAUAUUUCAUUUUGGAAAGUAGGAUGACUGGAAGCCUAGCAUCGCUUUUGUUGUUGGAACCAAAAUUGAGGAUGAAAUCCACACCAAGGCCCUGUCCCUUGCUGUGCAGGUGCCACAGCGGAAACUCUUCAGCGUGAUAACACGUGAAGACAUUUUCAGACAGAUUAGAGAAUCUGGGAAUCAAAAAGGAAAAAAGGUUAAGGAUACGCCUAUGUACUAUGAGGUGAUAGAAAUAGCCAAAGCCAUUCUGGAUAGGGGUGAAGAAAUUCCUGUAACACUAACUGGAAAGCUGUUGAAAUUUCAACUGCUUUGUCUCAAACAGAAGGACCUUCAGAGAAGAGAAGCUGAAAAGAAGGCAGAAGAAGAGCGACAAAAGGGAAAAGAUGGAGGAAAAGAGAAACUUGGCAAGAAGGGUUCUAGUGCUAAGACAUCUGAGAAAGAAAAGAAAGGAAAAAAACCAGAAAUGGGCUCUCUGAUGCCAGUCACUGAUAAAAAGGACACCCAACUGAAGCGACGGGGAGAAGUGAAAGAGGAAGCCAAAUAUAUUGAUGAUGAACCAGAUGAUGGUGCCCAUCAUUACUUUAUAAUUUUGGAUUUCCACAACCCUCAGCUGUUGCUUGUGAUGUUUCAGCUUGGGAUUAACAUUUCAAGUGUAAUUAGAAUUUCCUCUGAGAAUUAUGAGCCCUUGCAGACAUACUUGGAAGGAACAAAACUUGAAAAAGAAUCUUUACUUUCACCUGAAGAUGCAGAAGCAGAGAAAAGAAAGCAAGAUGAAGCCAACAAAGACCUGGAAACAUUUUGGAAAUAUCUGGAGCCAGUUCUGAAUAGUGGAAAGCAUGGAUCAAGACUCUUUGAUGUUGCCAGACUUCAUCACCAAGUUAAGGAGAGUGCCUUUCCCCCUGACUGGUCUGACAGUGACAUGCUGCUUGCAUUUGGCACCACGCUGUUUGAAAAUGUUGCUUGUUUGAUGUAUGACUGUCUGGACUGGAGAAGACAGCAUUGUAACUACUUGGAAAACACGAAGUUUAUUAAUGUGGCUGCAUUAUCAGAAAGCAAAUCAACACAACCACCUGUAACUGAGGUACAAUCAGCAUCACAAAUUACACUUCCAAUGAAAAAAGGGCAAGCAGAUGAUUUUCUGCCAACAGUAAUUUUGUCACAGGAGGAAGAAGCUUCAUUUGUGGUUGCUUCUGUGGACAUGAGGUAUUACAAUGACUUGCUGAGUCAGAUUCCUGAGGAAUACUUUUCUGUACCCUUAAUGCUGAACUGCAUGUUGGAACAGGUUAUUGCAAGUGAAGAAGACCUUACACCACCUAGUCUGGUGGUACCAGAGGCUAGGGCAGAUGGACUACAUCAUAUCAUUGCAGAACAUAUAGCUUCUCUCCUUCCUUCUCUUUCACUUUCUGAGAAUGAAAAAAAGAAUCUGUAUGACUACUUUUCUCAUAUAUACAAUGAAAAAAAGGCUGUCACCCCCAAGUAUCCUCUCUUAUUUAACUACCAUGAUACCCUGGCUCAGCGGUUGCACCUGCUGCAGGUCCCAGAGAACUUAAAUCCAGAAAAGAUUGAACAUGAAAUGAUGGAUAAACUGCCUCUUAAAGAACUUAUUCAUUUCACCCUUCCUUCAGCUGAAAACAACACUAAACGCUUGGCCAGAGCUCACGAGCUCAUGCAUUAUUGUACCAGUGAACUUCUGAGUCGGGCUGAAAUAGAAAGAGCCUUCAGAGUGUUUACUUUUGAAAGCCUGAGGCUGACUGGGCUCAGUGACUCUGGUUUCCUGGAGAGCUCUGGAACAACGGUUGGAGGUGAUCCUGAAGUGUCUUAUAUCCCUUGGCAUGAUCCAGCCAGGUUUGCAAGACAGCUGAGACAACUCCUCCUUAUGGAAAAGAAGCUUGGUGGGAGAUCUCCAAGAGGCUCUGGACAUACAGAAAUGAGUGACAAAGGUAGAAGAGGUGGUCUGGCUGAUCCUAUUUUGAAUAAAGGAUUGGAUCUUCUUACUUCUGAUAUGGUGAGUCCGGAAAAUUAUGGCCUAGGACCAAACUUAGAAGAAAUAAAAAAAACACAGAGGCGUUGUUUGACAGACUGGAGUUUCACUGAGCAUUUUCAACCCCAUGUUCUUCUUCAGGUUCUUCAUACUGCAUCCCAAGAAUAUAGAUGUAUUGAUUCCUUUUAUAACACCCAAGAUAACUCUUUGCUAAUUGUUUUUCACAAUCCUAUGAAUCAGUAUCAUUUGUGCCAAGAGACCUGGGAUAUUGCAUUGCAUUCUAAUGUGGGAUUCAGGAACUAUCUUGAGCUGGUGGCCAACUCAAUUGAAGACUGGGUGAAAGAGGAAGAAGUCAAAUACCAAGAAGAGAAGUUGGCUAAGGAAAUAGAGUCUCUUAAACUGGAAAAGGCCAUGGCAGAAGGACCUUCUGAAUUGUCUGCAUCAGCUGCCAAAAAAAAUGGCUCCCCUAAGAAAGCCAGAAGCAAGAUAUCAGGACUUGAGAGUGUAAUAGAGAAUAUUGCAGAAUCUCAGUCCAACAAUGAAAGAAGUCCUUUUAUCAGAGAAGAUUCUCUAAAGGCUUGGAAGGAGGAACAGGACCGGUUACUAGAGGAAGAACAACUUAAGAGCGAAACAAAAGGCAAAAAAGAAAAGUCAGGAGGUACAAAGAAAGGACAGGAAAUAAUACAUGAAGAAAGUAAAGGUUCCAAUGAGAAAUCUCCCGAAGAGAAGUUUAAAGAUGAGCCAGAAAAAGCCCCUGGACUUAAGGAGGAUCCCAGCAUCCCAGAAGCACAUUCUGAGAAAGUUUAUAAGUUUCUUGGCUACAAUACAGGGGAGGAUCUCAUUCACGUAUCAGGAACCAAUCAAUAUCUUUUCCCAUCUGAUGGAGGACAGAUUCAAGUAGAGAAGAUAGAUUUUGUAAAAGGUCCAACUUUUGUAAAGGUGAAAGUGAUAAAAGACAACCACAAUUUCUUCAUUCAUAUCACAGACCCCAAGAAAAACUUAAAAGAAAUCGAAGUGCAAGAAGUUAAUGAAGAACAGCAAAUUAGAUCAGGAAAAUUGAAAAAUCAAAAGAAAGCUGUGAGCAAGUUUGGAUCUUUUUCAGCCACCUUGGAAAAUGGAAUCCAGCUGUCCCUAAGCUAUUAUGGACCUACAGGGAAGACAGCAGAUGAUGAAACAGAUCCUGUCUUAGCAAGAAUCCUGGACGUCCCUUCUGUUCAUGUUCCAACUGUAGUUUCUCCUGUUACAUCAGCUUCAGGAAAAAAAGAUAAGCCCAUCAAACAAAAAUCAGGAAGAGCUCUGCCAUCUGCAAAAGCAAGCCAUAGCAAAAUAGGUCCUUCACCACCUGAUGACCCAGUAAAGCAAGAAGAAAAGAUGGAAACAGAAGAAUCAGCUUCCCAAACACAAGUGAUGUCAGAUGCUCUUGCUUUCCCAAGUUUGAAUGUCUCCUGUCCCAACGGACUGGUAUUAGCUUUCCUUGGUGCAAGUUUUGGAGAUUUGAAAGGUGAAGCCACUACAGCAGAAGCUGAGGAAGAGGUGGUAAAGAAAGAUGAGGUCAAAGCAAAUGAAGCCAAAGAAGAAGAGAUUGAGAACGAUGAGGCCAAAGCAAAUGAAGCAAAGGAAGAAGACAUUAUGGAAAAUAGAGAGAGGGAACAUGAGGUUACAGAAGGUGAAAUAAAGCAUGAAGACACUAAAAGAAAACAGACCAAGCAGCCUACUCUAGAAAUUCUGGUUAGGCAAAGUUAUCCUCAAAAGAUAAAGAACUCUCAUCUAUAUUUACCUGUGGCAAGGCAAGCAGAACAAGAGGUGUCAAGAGUCAUCACCAGUCAAGGAACUGUCAUAAAGUACAUGAUGGAUGGAUCUACCCAGAUUCUGUUUGCUGAUGGCACAGUAAGUAGAAGUCCUGAUUCUGGCCCUGUCCUACCACCACCUACAAUUCCAGAUAAUGUGCAGCCAUUACCAGAACCGGAACCUUUACCUGAGACCAGCACUAAGAAAGGAAAAGUCAGUAAAAGAAACAGUAUAUCACACCAAAACAAGGACGAGUUGUUAGAAAACACUGUUCAGGAUCUGGAUGGUUUUGAGCAACCUAAGGAGAACCAGGUGGGAACCUGGAUAACAACAACUCCAUCAGGCAUUCGAGUGGGCACUGAGGGAGCAAAGCAAAUGGAUCUGGAGCCACUCUUAAUCUAUCAUGCAACUGACCCAGCUGAUGGAACGGUUAUGACUGUACGAGAUGAUGAAGUGAUAAUUGUUGAGAAGCUGGAUGGCAGCAAAGUAUGUGAUCAUGCUGAUGGUACUAGGAUCACGACUUUUUAUCAAAACCGUGUAGAGCUUUUUAUACAAGAAGAUAGUGAAGAAACAGAUGAACCCUCAGAAGCCAUCACAAGGAAGGUGAAAUGUAUUCAAGUAGAGAAUCCAGAGUUUGCUACUGUUAUAACAAAUUGCGAGGACGGUACCUGUUGUACCAUCUUUGGAGAUGGGACAUCUAUUAUAGCAAAGCCACAGGGAACAUAUCAGGUUUUACCCAUGAAGACAGGCUCUCUUUUCAUUCAUGAAGAUUGCUCAGUGGUUUAUACCCCUGAAGCUUAUAAUUUCAUCAGCAAGAAAGAAGAGAAACAAGGAGGGAGAUACAUUAUGAAACACACUUCCAGCACCAUUUGUGAGAUGAUGGAUCCUGAAGGAAAUCUUUUCAAGGUAAUGGCUGAUGGCAGCACAAAUGUGUGUGUUCCUGGCAUUGACACUGAUGAGAAGGAGGACAGCAAUUCAGCAUCAGUAUUCCCAGAAAUUAACAAACCUGUCACUUAUGAAGAGCAUGCGCCCAGGUUCUUCAUCGUCUAUGCAGAUGGUUCUGGAUCCGAGCUCCUGCGGAGCAGGGACAUAGACAAGUAUCUGGCUGAAGCCUGUAGUGAUCCUGCUACUGCUGUCUUGCAGGAUCCUGUAAAAGAAUGUCCAGGUGUUUUAAGUAUUACUAUCCUCCGGCCUUUGGCUGAAACCUCCCCCUGGGUAAUGAACAAAGAACCGGAGAGUAUUGUUCCUCCAAAUCUUCAAUCAAGGACCCGAGACACACUUUCUUCUCUUGAGAGGAUGAUCACACAUCCCUCAGUCAGAACGUGUAGUUGGAGGGGUCUCUGCAUUGGAUCCAGUGAGCCAACAAACUUGCCAGUGCCUGUGCGAAAAUGUCCUAAUAAACUGCAAAUACGUCAGUUAUUCCAGUAUAAGCCACUCAGUGAUGAACUAAGAGAAAAGCUGCAGCAUUCUCUUAAGGAAUAUAUAGACCACAUUUUAAAGCAGGAAAAUGAACUAGAAGAGAUAAAUGUAAAAGAACCAAGAACAGAAGAAGAAAAGGAGAAUGCUGCAAGUCUCCUUGAACUGGUUACAUCCAUCCCUAACUGGGAGAAGUCAUCUGAAGAUCUCAGUGCUAGCGCUCACAUAACUGAGCUCUAUGAACAAGCAGUGGUGUCUCCUCACCUGUAUCACACAGAACAGUCAAUCAUUAACCAAGGAGAGGACCAACAGCAGAGUUUCAGCCCAGGAGGAGUAGCACCAGCAUCCAGGUGGCAGAGCAGACAAGAAGAGCAUAGGAAAGAACUUGAUGAAGGAAAGAAGUCCUUAAUGGCAAUGAGAAACAAGAUAAUUCCUCCAUAUUUUGAAUCGGAAUUCGGCAGGGAGUGUUUUCCAGAAAAGUGUCCUGAUUUGGAAGCACUGUCUAUGAAACUUCCUCCAGUUCAAAAAAAAGAAGGUGGGAAUUUCCCUCUAGAGAUGGUAAAAAAAACCAGUACAGAUGAAUGUCUUAAUACCGUGGGUGGUCCCCCACCUUCACCUGGCCUUCUGCUGCAGGCAUAUUCAAAACAAAAUGAAGGUUCUAGCAGCACAACAGACCUAAACAAGGCUGCAAGAUCACAGGAAACACCCUUACAACGUAAAGUUCAGAGUCUGCUGGUGAAUGCUGCAGGACAGCCAAGAAAAGAGAAAGUGAAAUUACCAUCAUCCCUUCAGGGGAGAAAACCAAACUCCAUACCAAACGAAAAGACAGAGAAUCCUGUGGCAGGAAAGGUCAACACAUCUUCUCUUGCAACAACAAAACAGCGUCUUAGUGGCUUCCACCUCAUUCCACUCAGAGUGGAUUUUGGAGUACUAAAGGAAGGCUGCACCUAUGCGGUGACUGUGAUCCUGAAGAAUGUUGGUGUGGACUUCUUAAGGUUUCGGGUGAAGCAACCACCUCCGCACACGGGACUGAGAGUGAUGUACGCACCAGGACCUGUGGCAGCAGGCUUGCAGGUGGAACUGGAGAUACAGAUUUUUGCCAUGGUAAUUGGAAGGGAGGAUACCGGUGGCCUUGAAGAAAUUUCCCAUGAUAUUGAAAUAUUAACAGAAACAGAGACUCUUCUCCUGCCUGUGAGAGCAACUGUGUUAACCAAUGACAUUUAUGAGUGCCGGCCACAAGGAUACCCCCAGGGUGGGGUGGCAGCAACAGUCCGGGCACUUCCUACAAGCACCAAGACACAGUUCUGGAUUACACUACCCCGAAAGCUUUCUAGUUAAUGUCAGAGCCCUAGAAGAAUAAGAUGAAGAUCAGCAAUCCUGAAAUACCUGAAUUUUAGUCUAAUGUUAUGGAAACAUCCCAAUGUAGACUUUUUCAUUUAUCUAAUCAGAUUAACAUGAAUAAAUAUUUUUUCUGUCCCCUAUUAAUGGAAAGGGUGGUCCAAAAGUUGCACAACCUUCUGACAUGGCUGUCUGAAAUGCAAACAGUGGAAAGGUUACUGUAUUUCAACCCUGCUGUCUGAUACUCUGCACUUCAGGAGAGUGCUGAACGGUUCCCAAGAGAUCUGUUCUGGUCUUUUAAUUCCUACAUUUGUGUUUACUUUCACAGUCAUAGGCUUAACUUCCGGUGUGUUCAUCUACCUGUAAAUAGCUGUAGGCACCAGAUGGGGGUUAUGAGUACACAAAGUGACACUUGAAAGAGAGAGAUUGACAGAGAGGGAUUCUGCUUAUAUCCUCUUGCUCACUAUUAGACAUUAUCAUCUUCAAAUGCUUAUCUGCACAUCUCUCUUCAAAGUGGAAGACUGAGCCACUCAGAGAUAGGCUUUCUGCCCACCUUUGUUCCUAUUUACACAGUAGUGACUAAAAGAAAUAUCUCAGUCCCUUUUUGAGACACCAUAUUUGUAUAUCCAAGUGCAGUUCUGCUUUCUUUCUAUGAAUUAAUUUCCAAUGAGUUGCUUUCCUGUCCUUCCUCCUUUUUCCAGCAUGUGACAUCCUGAGAGAUAGGAAAUUUUCCUUGAUACAUGCAGAUGACUGGUUCUCUCAACACUUCACAGUGACUGAGAAUCCUAUGAUCUGGGGUUAAAUAAUAGUUUUCACCAGUGUGAAAUAUGAAUGCCAGUUUUAGAGUCUCCCAUCCAGACUGUUAAGUGAGAUGCAUAUUCUAAUGAUGCACAGUUUAAGUUGGCCCUGUAUUUGCAGGUGCUUUCCUGCUCAGGUUUGUAAAUCCAGGGAAUUUCACCGAAGGGCAAGGUGGAAUACCUGAGCGUAUCAGAAUUCUGGUAUAUCAGGGGAUUGUUGGCAGAGGACAGACCUAUUUGAAGAAUAUGCUGAGCUGCCUCAGUAGCCAUCCAAGCACUGCAGUGGUGUUUUUGUCUGCCCCACCAGACACAAGUAUUUCUCCAUCAGCUCUCUGAGUCAGAUUUGACCUGUUAACCAAGGCUGAACGGCAGCUCAGGCAUUGUUUAAGACCUACACACAGAUGAGAAAACACCACAAGCAGCAGUGCCAAACUUGAUCCAGGAUUCUCCAACACCAAUGAUUUUUCUACUGACUCUGCUAAUUUCUGCCCUGAUGCUUUUCAGUUUUCUGCAGACACAGCCAACGGUCCUACAUCAGCUUCCUUGGUAGCACAUUCUGAGCUCUAAGGUCAGUAUAGACCAGUAACAUGUGAUAUAAUUUAGAGAACCAGAGGGAAAGUUCAAUGGUGAAGCCUGUGUCAGGACCAAGGAGAGACAACAACCACUUUCCACCACCUCAAAGACCUUUUCUUCCAAGGAUUCUUCCCAAAUCCCAGUGACAUCAGAGACAAAGGUGAAUGAAUUCCACCUCCUCCAACUUAGAUCAAAGGAGGCACCUGCCAUCAUCAUGAGAUGACUCUGCAUCCCAAUUUACUUUUCUAUACCACCAUCUACAUCCUUGUCAUCAGUCCCCAAGUUCAUGCACACCUGUGGCCAUGGUUUUUCUCCCAGGCCUCCCAGAGGAUCAUCAACCAGCAGUUCAUUACAUAGGCUGCAUAAAAUUUAUCUCCACAGCAUUAAGGUAAACAGAGCACAUCACACAUAGAGGCAUAGAGUCAGCCUUCUCCUUUUGGUACCUGGUUUUGGUAUCUCCUCAGUCACCACUGCUGAAGGUGCACUGUGGUAUCAUGAGCCACUCCUCCAUUUUUAACACUUUUCUUCCUUUGUUUUCCCAGUGGGUUAGCCCAUUUCAGCAGCAGCUGACAUGGAUACAAGAUGACAACUAAGGUUACCAACAUAAUUCAUCAUCCUGCAGUGACUCCUCUCCCUCCCACUGCAGUAAUCCCUCUUGUGAUGGUCUCCUUUGAGAGGAGUAAAGGAAUAGGAUAGAUUAAGAUGGAAUAGGAUAGAGACGUGUUAGAGUGGAGCUGUUUGAUCACAAGUUUCACAUCUGGACAAAUAUCAAAUUAUAGACGCACCCAGAAACAACUGGUAGAGCAGUAUAAGGAUUGCUAUUUCCAUAAAGAGUCCGAGACCCGUGUCCUGGAAUUGGAGCACGAAGUGCUGCUGUAAAUUACUGUGAUUCUAAAGAAAUAAAUGAACCAUCAGCCCCCAACAACAUUUUUUCUAACAGCAGUAAGAGAUGUAGUUAUUACACCUGAGGUGCUGCCAGAAGACUGAUCAACUGAACUGUUCUCAUUGUGUGUAAUUGUUGAUAAUAGAGAACCCAAGACAGUAGUCCAACACAGCUUGGAUGCAAUUAAAAGUCCAUAUGAAGCUCAAGUUAGAAAUAAGUCUGGCUUUAAGUAUCCAAGUCAGACCUGUAAGUCAAACUACCCAGAAUGAGCCCCCACCAUAAACACCAAACCUGUGAUUAUUGCUAAAAAAAGAAAGAGUAUACUACAAACUAAUAACUUGCCAACAGCAGCAGAGACUUGUUCGCUUUAUCCUGCCCUGUUGCCCCCACUGUGAAAAUACAUAAUUUUGUCUGAUACAGGACACUACAACAUUGCAACAAUUCAGUGCAAUUUCUAAAAACUGGAGCAAGUACAUUUGAAACAACCCAGGCUUCUCAUGCUCAGUCUGCCAACUCUAUGGAAUAGCACAGUC